AAGAUGAAGAUUACAUUCUAUGUUGACAUUCUGUCGCCAUUUGGCUAUGUGGCAUACUAUGUGCUCAGGCACGACCCCGUCUUCAAAAACUGCGAAAUCACAUACAUUCCAGUAUUCCUAGGUGGGAUCAUGAAGAUGGCAGGCAACACAGCGCCCAUCUUUAUCAAAAACAAAGACAAAUAUACCAACCAAGAACGCGUCCGCUGGGCCCGUUACUUCAACGUCCCCAUUGUCCCUGAAGUCCCCACCGGCUUCCCCUACCGCACCUUGUCUGUGCAGCGCGCCCUGUGCGCCAUAGCCCACCUGACAGGCGAGGCCCAGACCAGCCCCACGGCUCAGCGUGCCAUCAUACCGGCCAUCGACGCCUUGUACGAGGCCUACUGGGCGCAGGGCCGCAACGUCGCGGAGGAGGACGUGCUGAGGGAUGUGAUCUCUGGCUUGGCGGGGACUGAUGUGGCCAAGGUGUUGGAGGUUGCGGGUGGGGAGGGCAAAGCGAUGCUGACGGCUAAUACGGCGCUGGCAUUUGGGGAUGGGGCGUUUGGACUGCCGUGGAUUGUGUGUGAGAACGAAAAGGGGGAGAAGGAGGGAUUCUGGGGCGUGGAUCAUCUGGGCUGUGUGCUGGAUUUCCUGGGGCUCGAGAAGCCAAGGGCUGGUGGGUGGAGGGCGUUGUUGUAAGUGGUAUUGUACUGUACUGAAUCAAGUCACAGGAUAUAAGUGAAAGGCCUCAUGGUCGACUACUAAGACCAAGUAGUCUACAAAAACC